CGCGGGCAGAGGCAUGGUGGUGGUGGCGGCGGCGGCGGCGGCGGCGGCCGGGAGCUCGGAAGAGGGGCGGCGGCAAGGAGGCCGCGGUGUCCGGGCGUGCGCCGACUGAAGCGGCGGCGGAGGCUCUCGUGGAAGAUGUGAACUCUGCAGACCCGGGACCCCCGCGCGCACGUUCCGGGAGAAUCCUCUGCCCCUGCCCGAGCAGGGCCGCCCUCGGAACCAGCCUCCUGGCACCGCCCCGGCCCGAGGGGGCGCGUCCCGACGCGUCCGGCGCCCAGCACGACCCUGCCGGCCCGGGAAGCCGGUCCCGAUGCGCUCCCCGGGCGCGGGACCGACCCUGCUAGUCAAGAGGCAGCGCGUAGCCCCCGAAGGCCCGGGCCGCCCCCUCUGGUUGUUCCAGACGUAGGGUCCCAGCUCGGCCCCAGUCGCGAUAAAUGGCAGAUGUAGCCAUGGAGUUGGGUGACUUAGGCGGCCACCCGACGAGUCCUCCGGAGCGCCGGGACCGGCGCCGCGAUUAAGCCGAUCUGUGAUCUGCCCCUCCAGACAAAGGGCAAACUAAAGGAAGCCCCCGCCAGGGGCUCGCGGGCUGCCCGGCUAGCAGCCACCCCGCUUUGAACUUCCUCGGCCAGGUGUGGGACCCAGAGGGUUGGCAGGGCGGCCUUCAUGUGCCCUCCGUGCUGAAGGAGGCCGGGCAGGCUGCUAUGGCCAGCCCUUGGGAAGAAGAGCGAGCCUGCAAAAUGGCUCAGACCAGUCUGCUGCAGGGGAAGCCCUUUUACUGUAGAGAGUGGGUUUUCCACAAGCUUCAGCAUUGCCUCCAGGAGAAGAAGAACUGUUGUAACAGUGCUGCCAACAACCCAUCCCUCGGGAAUCCCGGGAAUAAUGCUGCUGGCGUCUCGGGGAAAGGAGCAGCCUGGGGGGUGUUGUUGGUAGGGGGGCCCGGCAGCGGAAAGACGGCCCUCUGCACCGAGCUCUUGUGGCCAAGUUCACCUGCAAGUGUGCAGAGAGGUUUACACCGGCAAGCCCUGGCCUUUCACUUCUGCAAAGCCCAGGACUCGGACACCCUGUGCGUCGGAGGCUUUGUUCGAGGUCUGGUGGCCCAGAUCUGCCACAGUGGACUGAUCCAAGGCUAUGAGGACAAGCUGAGGGAUCCAGCCGUCCAAAGCCUCUUACAGCCUGGGGAAUGCGAGAGGAACCCAGCGGAGGCGUUUAAAAGGUGUGUUCUCCUUCCUCUUUUGGGAAUGAAGCCGCCCCAGCAGAGUCUGUAUCUGCUUGUUGAUUCUGUGGAUGAAGGUUGUAAUAUUGCUGAAGGCGAACAGACUUCAGGCUUAUCUGGGACCGUGGCAGAGUUGUUAGCUGGUCACCAUGAAUUCUUCCCACCUUGGCUGCUACUUCUCUGCUCUGCUCGCAAACAGAGUAAGGCUGUUACCAAAAUGUUUACAGGCUUUCGAAAAAUAAGUCUCGAUGAUCUUCGGAAGGCUUAUAUUGUCAAGGAUGUUCAACAGUACAUUCUCCAUCGUCUAGAUCAAGAAGAAGCCUUGAGACAGCACCUCACAAAGGAAACUGCAGAAAUGUUGAAUCAGCUUCAUAUCAAAAGCAGCGGAUGUUUUCUUUAUCUAGAACGAGUUCUUGAUGGAGUUGUGGAAAAUUUUAUUAUGUUAAGAGAAAUCCGUGAUAUCCCUGGAACUCUCAACGGGCUAUACCUCUGGCUCUGUCAAAGACUUUUUGUGAGGAAACAAUUUGCAAAAGUCCAACCUAUUCUGAAUGUAAUUCUUGCAGCAUGUCGACCACUAACCAUAACAGAAUUAUAUCAUGCAGUAUGGACCAAAAAUAUGUCAUUGACCAUAGAAGACUUCCAGCGCAAAUUAGAUGUACUCUCAAAACUUCUUGUUGAUGGACUAGGAAAUACUAAAAUAUUGUUUCAUUAUAGUUUUGCAGAAUGGCUACUGGAUGUCAAACAUUGCACACAAAAGUAUUUAUGUAAUGCAGCAGAGGGACACAGAAUGCUCGCAAUGAGUUAUACCUGUCAAGCAAAAAAUUUAACUCCUUUAGAAGCUCAAGAAUUUGCAUUACAUUUGAUUAAUUCCAACUUACAGUUAGAGACUUCUGAGUUAGCUCUGUGGAUGAUAUGGAAUGGUACACCUGUCAGAGAUUCUUUGUCUACUCUAAUCCCCAAAGAACAAGAAGUCCUGCAGUUGUUGGUUAAAGCAGGUGCCCAUGUCCACAGUGAAGAUGAUCGUACGUCUUGUAUUGUCCGCCAAGCCUUAGAGAGGGAAGAUUCUAUCCGAACCUUAUUAGAUAAUGGAGCCUCUGUAAAUCAGUGUGAUUCAAAUGGGAGAACUUUGUUGGCUAAUGCUGCGUAUAGCGGCAAUCUCGAUGUUGUUAAUUUACUUAUUUCCAGGGGAGCAGAUUUAGAGAUUGAAGAUGCUCACGGACAGACAGCACUGACUCUAGCUGCUCGACAAGGACACACCAAGGUGGUUAACUGUUUGAUUGGCUGUGGAGCAAAUAUUAAUCACAACGAUCAUGAUGGCUGGACAGCAUUACGCUCUGCUGCUUGGGGAGGUCACACCGAGGUCGUUUCUGCUCUUCUUUAUGCUGGAGUCAAAGUUGACUGUGCAGACGCCGAUAGUCGGACGGCCUUGAGAGCAGCGGCCUGGGGAGGACAUGAAGAUAUUGUUCUGAAUUUACUUCAACAUGGUGCUGAAGUUAACAAAGCCGAUAAUGAAGGUAGAACUGCUUUGAUAGCUGCAGCCUACAUGGGGCACAGAGAGAUUGUGGAGCACUUGCUGGACCACGGGGCAGAAGUGAAUCAUGAGGAUGUGGAUGGGCGGACUGCACUGUCGGUGGCUGCACUCUGUGUCCCUGCCAGUAAAGGCCAUGCAUCAGUAGUUAGUCUUUUAAUUGAUCGUGGCGCUGAAGUAGAUCACUGUGAUAAAGAUGGUAUGACCCCCUUGUUGGUAGCUGCCUAUGAAGGACAUGUGGACGUUGUUGACUUGCUUUUAGAAGGGGGAGCAGAUGUGGAUCAUACAGAUAACAAUGGCCGAACACCCCUUUUAGCAGCAGCUUCUAUGGGGCAUGCUUCAGUGGUAAAUACUCUUUUAUUCUGGGGUGCCGCUAUUGAUAGCAUUGAUAGUGAGGGUAGGACAGUUCUCAGCAUAGCUUCAGCACAAGGAAAUGUCGAGGUGGUACGAACUCUGCUGGACAGAGGGUUAGAUGAGAAUCACCGAGAUGAUGCAGGGUGGACACCAUUGCACAUGGCAGCUUUUGAAGGUCACAGGUUAAUAUGUGAAGCGCUUAUUGAGCAAGGAGCCAGAACAAAUGAAAUAGAUAAUGAUGGCCGCAUACCUUUCAUUUUAGCUUCCCAAGAGGGACAUUAUGAUUGUGUACAGAUAUUAUUGGAAAAUAAAUCUAACAUUGAUCAAAGAGGAUAUGAUGGAAGGAAUUCCUUGCGGGUUGCUGCUUUAGAAGGUCACCGGGACAUCGUUGAAUUACUUUUCAGCCACGGAGCUGAUGUUGACUACAAAGAUGCUGACGGCCGACCCACACUUUACAUCUUGGCUCUUGAAAACCAGCUUACAAUGGCUGAGUACUUUUUAGAAAACGGUGCAAAUGUGGAAGCAAGUGAUGCUGAAGGGAGGACAGCACUUCAUGUUUCCUGCUGGCAGGGCCAUUUGGAAAUGGUGCGACUUCUGAUGACAUACCAUGCCGACAUCAAUGCCGCGGACAAUGAAAAGCGCUCUGCUUUGCAGUCGGCAGCCUGGCAGGGCCACGUGAAGGUGGUGCAGGUUUUGAUUGAACAUGGGGCUGUAGUUGACCACACGUGUAACCAAGGUGCGACUGCCCUCUGCAUUGCUGCUCAAGAAGGACACAUUGAUGCUGUGCAGAUAUUGCUAGAACACGGUGCUGACCCAAACCAUGCAGAUCAAUUUGGACGUACUGCUAUGCGGGUUGCUGCCAAAAAUGGACAUUCUCAGAUAAUUAAAUUAUUGGAAAAAUACGGUGCAUCUAGUUUAAAUGGUUGCUCCCCAUCUCCUGUGCAUACAAUGGAGCAAAAGCCCCUGCAGUCAGUAUCUUCAAAAAUGCAGUCUUUAACAAUAAAAUCAAAUAGUUCUGGGAGUACUGGUGGAGGAGAUAUGCAGCCUACACUGCGUAGCUUAUCUAAUGGGCCAACUCAUGCAUUCAGCUCUCCUUCAGAAUCUCCAGAUUCCACAGUUGAUAGGCAGAAAUCAUCACUGUCAAAUAAUUCCCUUAAAAGCUCCAAAAAUUCUUCUCUAAGAACUACUUCCUCUACAGCAACUGCUCAGACAGUCCCUAUUGAUAGCUUCCACAAUAUGUCUUUUACAGAGCAGAUACAGCAACAUUCAUUGCCCCGAAGCCGAAGUAGACAGUCAAUUGUUUCCCCAUCUUCUACAACACAAUCCUUAGGACAGAGUCAUAACUCACCAAGUAGUGAGUUUGAGUGGAGUCAAGUAAAGCCUAGUUUGAAAUCAACUAAAGCAAAUAAGGGAGGGAAAUCAGAAAAUUCUAGCAAAUCUAGUUCUGCUGGGAAAAAACCUAAAUCUAGCAAUUCUUCACAGCCAAAAGUUUUAGAGUAUGAAAUGACUCAGUUUGAUAAAAGGGUACCUGUUGCCAAAUCUGGGACUUGUACACCACUUAAGCAGAUGCCAACAGAAUCACAGUGUAAAAUUAUGAUUCCCCCAGCUCAGCAGGAAGUUGGGCGAUCUCAGCAGCAGUUCCUAAUUCAUCAACAAAGUGGUGAACAGAAGAAGAGAAAUGGAAUAAUGACAAAUCCAAAUUACCACCUACAAAACAAUCAGGUUUUCCUUGGUAGGGUUUCAGUCCCACGAACAAUACAGGACAGAGGGCAUCAGGAAGUUCUAGAAGGCUAUCCUCCUGCAGAGACAGAGUUAAGCCUUAAACAAGCCCUGAAGCUUCAGAUUGAUGGUUCUGAUCCAAGUUUCAACUACAAAAAGGAAACCCCCUUAUAAAAGUUCCCAUUUCUGUGAAACAGACAUUUGUCACUAGCGUGGUUCAUCAGCUGCGUGGGACAAAAGCAUUUAAUGCCUGCUGAAUGGCUGGAGAAAUGAAGACUGUGAUCUCUGCAGUACCGUUACCUUCAUUACUGUAACGUGCCUACAUUUUCAGGCUGCCUUCUCAGUGUAAUCCUCUGUGCUUCAGAAUUUUAUUUUGUGUACCUUGUAUUCACUACACAGAAUAAGCACUUUUUUUUUCUUACGUGCAGAUACAUAUUGACUGCAUUUCCCUGGCACAAGCUGAAAAAAAAUUUGAGUAAGCAAUUUUAAGUUAAUAGUUCAAGAAGGUUUGAUAUAUGUGCAUGUGCCACAGUCAAGUGUUCCUUGUAUUUAUUUUUCUUUUUGUGGCAAAAGAGACUAGACAUACGGAUCAAAUAACAUUUGCAUUGUUGGAGUGUAUGGUUUAUUUCUCGUGUCAUUAAUUUUUUUUUCAAGAAAAGCAAAUUUUACAUUAUUUGAUAAGCCACCUCAUGUUCUCUAUACUUUAUUGCUCAUUGAAUAAAAAAGCAAGAUUACACUUAAAUGCCACAGGGUAGGUAAAGGAAAAAAAAAGGAAAACUUCAUUGAUAGGUAGUUAUUUCAUUAUCCUUAAGCAAUCAAAGGAACUGUUUUAACUAAUUAACUCUGAAUUUGCCCUGACAGUUUCUCUCAUCUAUAUUUAAGGGCUUCAGAAAACAAAAAAAGCAGAUCAGGGUGCUGUUUCAUUCAUUGGGCCUCACUUUACCCAUCCACUGGUCCUUCUCCCCCCCCACCCCCCAUGACAUACCAUUCUUCUUAAGGCAUGAAAAUUCUCAGGGCCAAAUCCAUGCUUCAGGUGUCUGUAUGUAGUACGGAAGGCUUCUAUAUAAUUGAAAAUAACUUCUUGCUUGAACAGACAGUUCAUUGACCACUACCUUAUUUAUUUCCAAAUUCAAUAAUCUUUCCCCACAAUGUUAAUUCUAAAGUCAUGCAUCUCAGCUUUUUCUAUCCGAUAAUUCAGCAUACAACCAAAUAGCUUCAUAAAAACAUGUUUUGCAAUUUACUUUUAAUUGUUUGGUUGAGUGACUAUUCUUGAAAUCACAGCAUCAUAUAUUUAGAGCUGGGAGGGACCUUACCAUUCAUUAAGUUCAACCCCUCAUCUUCCAGAUGAGGAACCGGGGGCCAAUAGAGGGUAAGUGACUUGCUUUAGGUCACACAGGGAGUUAGGGGUUGGAGGCAGAAUUAGAACCUAGGCUGCAGACUGACUGACAUGAAGGUUCUGUGGCAGUUCUUUGGCUAUUAGUGAUGAUACGUUUCCGUGCACUCUUCCUACUUCUCUGUGCAUUGCUGAGGCAGCUGCCAAGAUCACUGUGUGAUCAUGAAACAAAGGAAAGGGCAUCAGACCCUGUGAGUUGAAAACCUACAACCAUGGCUUAUUGAGUACCGGUACCUUAAGCCAAUGGAGCUAACUGAUGUGUGUUUGUGUAUUUUUCUUGGUGACAUUUAGCUUAACUAGUUAGAACAUGGUCAUGGUUAAAGCCAGGUGCAUGAUUUUGACUCUGGUAGGGGCUACUUAGCCUUGCAAGAAGAAGUACUUUUGUGACCACUGGCUUCUGCUUCUGGCUUUCCAUUUGUCAAGAUCUGUGCUGUUUGUUGACCACUGAGCAGACAAGCAAGAGUAUGGAUGAGCUAGCACAAAUCCAUCACCACUACCAGGAAAACAAAGUCCAUUUUAUUUAUAGGAGAUCAGCAGGGUCAUCUUCACACAUGUACAUGUGACAUGGUGAAUAUUCAAGGCCAUGGAAAGGUUUAAUUGGUUACUAUUUCCAUUUGAAUCUUACUUUAAAAUUCAUUUUAAAAUCAGUGCAGCUCAUUUUGUUUAACUUAUGACAUCAAUUAUAAAUCUUAAUAAAAAUGUAGGAGAAGUUUUAAAAUUUGUUAAGGUGACAUAGCAAUAUUGAUAACUCUAAUGUGAAUGUUUCAAGUACUGAAUAUCUUGUCCCUAUGGGACAUUUAUAAAAUAAACAAAAACUCUUGCAAAAUAGCCUUAAGAGUGUUAAUGGUUCUUUAAGUAAAUAUGAAGACAUUCUAGUAUUAGCACAGACUUGACCAAUUCCUCAAGCUUAGCACAUUUACAAUAUUUUAGAAGAUGGAGCUCUACUUAUUAGGUGUAUUUUUCUUUAGAAAGAGAACCCUAAAAGCUGCCAGUUUUCUAUUAACCUUGAGUUGUUUGGAUUCUAUUUAUUUAAUUUUAUUAUAUUUGUUACAAAAAAAAAAAAAACGCACCUUGUGGCCAAAGGGCAAAGAAUAUGAUUAAUUUCACAAAGGCUUGUUUUUCA